AUGAGUUUCGCCGCAAAACGAAAGGCCAAGGUCAUCAAGGUCGCCGAUGAGGAUGACCCGAGUGACGAUGUCUCAGCGACCAUUGGUGACAAUGGUACUAGCGAUGAACUUUCCAAACCAUUGUUCAGCGCAAAAUCUGGUCGAAAACCCUUUAGACAGUCAGGCUUGAGGAAGAGCUUCAAUCCAGCGGGCGGCGAGAGUCUCGGAGAUGCAUCGGCCACCAACGACGACGAGGAUGACGGACCAGUAGUCGUACGACCGGCCAUCAGUCGAUCAGGCUCGCUGAAAGGAAAGAAGAAACUGAACAAGUCUUCGCGGUUAUCGUUUGGUGGAGAUGAUGGUGCUGCCAGCAAUGACGAGCCUGCCGAGGUGUUCACUCCUAAAAAACUGCCUUUGGGUCGCGCAUUGGAAAACAGCGCUAUAAAAAGAGGCUUGGGAACGAAAGGGCUCCCUAUGAGAUCGAUCGGAGACGACGACGACCGACCCAAGUACAGCAAAGAAUAUCUCGAAGAACUACAAUCAUCUACACCAAAUACCCCCCAAAAGUCCUCCACGUUACCCGACGAUGGCGAUUUGAUGGACCUGGAUGCUUCAGAGUUGGAGGGCGCACUCAUUGUUGAUUCGGUAGAGUUGAGCAACCAACCACAACCAACAGCUAUCCUAUCCGAGGCUGAAGUCCGCGAGAAGAAGGAACGGCGUCAGCGAUUGGCUUUGGAGAAGGAUUUUCUAUCAGUCGAGGAUGAUGACGACCCAUUCGCACGCAAAAAGAAGGACGACACACGAUUAAUAGCAGAAGAUGAGGAUCUCGGGGAGGGAUUCGACAAUUAUGUUGAAGAUGGUGGGCUCUCCCUAGGCAAGCGUGCCGAAAAAGAGAGACGCAAACAAGAUCGAAAAAUGAUGGAAGAACUCAUCACCGCUGCUGAAGGCCACACCUCGGAUUCCUCAUCCGACAGCGACGCCGAGCGACGAAUCGCGUACGAAGCUGCGCAGACACGUGCUGGAAUGGACGGUCUAAAGAAGCCCCGGAAAGAUCCCAGCCAGGACCUACUACAGGCACCACCAAAGAUAUCACCUCUCCCCAGUUUGACGGAAUGUCUAGCCCGUCUGCAGACUACCCUAAAGGGUAUGGAGGAUGAGAUGAAGGGGAAGCAGAACCGGGUGGAGAAGCUCAAGAACGAACGCCAAGAUAUCGUGGAAAGAGAAGGACAAGUACAAGCUUUGCUGGAUGAGACGGGGCGCAAGUACCAAGAGGUAAUGGGACAAGGGAAAGUAGCUGAAGGAAUGGCUGCGGAUGUCCCGGCGAAUGCCCCUGCGGAGAUGGUGGGUGCAAGAGGUUUGGAAACACUGGGUAUGCCGACGAGUCAACCCGAAGAUGAAGAGAUGUGA